AACAACAAGACCGGGGAACAAGUUCAGGGUUUGCAGGGUUUGCCCUAAAAACACCACCUUUGAAAAGACUCGACUGUUACACUUAUCAGGAUAUCCCACCACACAUGUCAAAGGAUUUGUUGAAGAACUUUCCUGUUCUGAAGCUUGCCUAUCCAAGAGGUUGUUGUUGCAUCGCAACCAAGAGGAGCGAUACUCCUUGCUAUUCAAGCGAGUUCUAAAUAUCACAAGACAACCAAGGACGUCUCAGUAAUAUCUUUUCGCCUGGUAGAAGCAUCCACUUUAAAUCUUCCGAAUCGGAGUGUAAGGGAAAAUGACAGCCUUAGCGGGGGGCAUACCGAGAAUGAUGCGCCCCACGCCGCCACAAAAUUAUCCCAGAGGAGGAUACUCUCUUGAAGUUUCCACGCCAUUAGGUCAGGGUCGAGUAAACCAACUCGGUGGAGUUUUCAUAAAUGGACGGCCUUUGCCUAAUCAUAUCCGACACAAGAUUGUGGAGAUGGCCCACCAUGGUAUCCGGCCAUGCGUUAUCUCCCGUCAGCUCCGAGUGUCACACGGCUGUGUGUCCAAAAUCCUGUGCAGGUACCAGGAGACUGGAUCUAUCCGGCCCGGUGCCAUAGGAGGAAGUAAGCCCAAGCAAACAACAACUCCCGAUGUAGACAAGAAAAUCGAAGAGUACAAGAGAGAGAAUCCUGGAAUAUUUAGCUGGGAGAUCAGAGAUAAGUUACUCAAAGAUGGGAUAUGCGACCGCAACAAUGUUCCUUCAGUGAGUUCAAUCAGUCGCACUUUGCGAUGCAAAUUCGGAGGAAGCGCCGAAGACGACGAUGAAGAAGACGAAAUGGAAAGGAGAGUACUAGACGAAAACGAGAGAAGAGGCAAACACAGUAUUGAUGGCAUUCUUGGCGAUAGAUCGAGUCACUCUGACGAGGGUUCUGACGUGGACUCGGAACCGGGCCUGCCCCUGAAGAGGAAGCAGCGACGGAGUAGAACCACCUUCACAGCGGAGCAGCUGGAGGAGCUGGAGCGGGCCUUCGAGCGCACACACUACCCGGACAUCUACACCAGAGAGGAGCUGGCCCAGAGAGCCAAGCUCACGGAGGCACGUGUGCAGGUCUGGUUCAGCAACCGGAGAGCUCGCUGGAGAAAGCAAGCAGGGGCCAAUCAGCUUAUGGCCUUCAACCACCUAAUCCCCGGAGGGUUCCCCCCCUCAGCCAUGUCCAGCCUACAGCCCUACCAGCUCUCCGACAGCCCCUACCCUCCCUCGUCCAUAUCGCAAGCAGUGUCUGAGCAGGCCAGCACAGUGCACAGGCCCCAGCCUCUGCCCCCGACUUCCGUGCACCAGUCGGGCUUGACCUCCUCGGGAGGCCAGGACGGCAGCUCGGCCUACUGCCUGGCCUCUGGACGUCACGGCUUCUCCGGCUACUCCGAGAGCUUCGUGCCCCCACCGCCCGGCCACUCCAACCCUGUCAACCCCGCCAUCGGCAACGGCCUCUCCUCUCAGGUGAUGGGUCUACUCAACCCCGGAGGAGUGCCCCACCAGCCCCAGGGUGACUUCGCCCUCUCGCCCCUGACAGGCGGCCUGGAGCCCAACGCGGGCAUGCCCACCAGCUGCCACGGCUCCCAGCGUCUGGAGGGGCUGCCCGGCUUGCCCAGCAUGCCCACCCUUCCCAGCUCCCAGUCCUACUGUCCCCCCACCUACAGCUCCCCCGCCUACAGUGUGGACCACGUCACCUCCUACCAGUACGGCCAGUAUGGGCAAAGUAAGGUGCCUUUCAUUAUUUGAAGCCCAACAUCGGCUGAGUGGAGGAGUUCACUGGAUGCUCUGAUGCUGGACUCUUACACCCGACUAAUCCAGCCUCCCGACCACCACUGGCCCCCACCCCUCACCU